CAUAUUUUAAUUUAACAAUUUUAAACUGUGCGUGUUCACAUAAAUCAAACGGAAUUGAACAGUAAAUUAUUUAUUUGCAAAUUUCAAAUAAAUUCAACAUAAAUCAUGGGCAUUUUGCUAAGUGAUGGUGAUUCUACCUCGGAUCAGCAGUCCAGCGUCGAUAAUUAUCAGAACAGGCAAGUGGCCCCCAUUGCGGCCGCUGCCAGCUCCAAGAUGUAUCAUUCGAGUGCUGUGGCAGCAGCCGCCUACACAGAUCUUGCAGCAGCGGGUAGUGCAGCAGCAGCAGCCGGUGCAGGAGUGGGUGUUGGCAUUGGCGCCUCGGGAUACCAUCAUCAGCAGGCGGUCAAUGCACCGGUCUACGUGCCUUCAAACCGCCAGUACAACCAUGUGGCAGCUCAUUUUGGUAGCGCCGCUGCACAGAACGCUUGGACCACGGACAGCUUUGGCUCGGCCCAUGCCCAGUUGCCGGCGCAGUUUUAUACACAGAAUGCAGCCGUUAUGAUGGGAUCCUGGCGCAGCGCUUACGAUCCAACUGGUUUCCAACGAUCAUCACCGUAUGAGAGUGCCAUGGACUUUCAGUUUGGAGAAGGACGCGAAUGUGUCAACUGUGGGGCCAUUUCGACCCCACUCUGGCGGCGAGAUGGAACUGGCCACUAUCUAUGUAAUGCUUGCGGGUUAUAUCACAAAAUGAAUGGCAUGAACAGGCCGUUGAUUAAGCCCAGCAAGCGCCUGGUGAGUGCAACCGCUACACGGCGACUCGGACUUUGCUGCACUAAUUGUGGCACUCGCACCACCACUCUCUGGCGGCGGAAUAACGAUGGUGAACCAGUAUGCAACGCCUGUGGACUGUACUACAAACUCCAUGGCGUCAAUAGGCCAUUGGCCAUGCGGAAGGAUGGAAUUCAGACACGAAAACGGAAACCCAAAAAAACGGGCAGUGGCACAGGAGUGGGAGUGGCAGUUGGCGCGGGAACUGGAACAGGAGCAGUUGGCAGCACAAGUCUCGAUGCCAUUAAGGAGUGCAAGGAGGAGCAUGAUCUGAAGCCAUCUCUUAGUCUAGAGCGUCAUGGAAUCAACAAGUUGCACACGGAUUUAAAAAUGACUCAGCAUCAGCAUCAUGCCCAGCAACAACAUCAAACGCAUCAGCAACAACAAGCACAUCAGCAAUGUUUUCCGCAUUACUCUCAGACCACGGGUCAGAGUCAGGGGACACAGCAACAGCAGCAGCAGCAGCAAACACAGAGCCAUCAGACACAUUCUGGUGGUAGUCAUCAAACGCAGCUGAAUACAAGGCAACUGCAUUCUACUGGCUCUCAGUUGUACACGCCCAGCAGCAGUAGUUCUGCCUCCGCAUAUACAACACACAGCAGCAAUGCAACUGCUCCGGACACGCCCACUUUGAGCAAUGGAACACCCUCGCCGCAUUAUCAACAUCAUCAUCAUCAUCAUCACUCCCAUCAUCAGCCUGGCCAUCCUGGCAUGAGUGUCAGCGGAAUGGGUGGAAUGGGGGUAGGUGUUGGUGUGGGUGGAAUGGCCCAUCAUUUGCAUGCAGCGGCAGCUGCUGCUGCCUAUGGCGUUAAAACUGAAACGAAUGCCACCAACUAUGACUAUGUGAACAAUUGCUAUUUUGGCGCAUCAUUUGGGGCACUCAGUGGUGCGGCAGCUGCGUCAACGGCUGCCAUGGCAGGCGGAGGAGCCAGCGAUUUGGCCGGCUAUCAUCAUCAGCAUAAUGUCAUCCAGGCAGCCAAACUAAUGGCGUCUUCUUGAAACAAGGGCUCUGCUCUGUGAUCUCCUACCACCAACCCUCCUCCCUAUUGAAAAGACUUUAGCGCAUAAUUAAAUAUCAAGUAUAAGAUUGUAAAUUUGUUGUACAAAUUACAUGUGGUCUCCCUACAUGACAUUUA